GAGGAGCAGAAGGAAAGUUGAAAGUCCGUUACAGGAGUGAAAAAGAAACUGGAUCUCACAUUGUACAUUGUGGCAACUCUGUUAAAGGAAGCAGAGGUGACUAAGAAGUACCUUAUAAUAUCUCUUUUGCUGUGUUGUGGAUGGACCUCAAAUCUGAGAUGGAAAGUUUGGAAGACAAGUCUAUCGAGUACUCCAAAUUGGUGGAAUUGGAGGGAAUCCCAUUGCUCAGCGGAUUGGUAGAAAAUUGGAACCUAAUAAGUGGUUUUCAAGCUCGGCCUGAUGACCUUCUUCUCUGCACUUAUCCCAAAGCAGGGACUACGUGGAUACAGGAAAUUGUGGACAUGGUCCAGCAUAGAGGAGAUGCACAGAAAUGUGCCCGGGCACCCAUUAAUGAGCGGAGCCCCUACAUAGAACUUUUCCUUCCAAAACCCAUCCCUUCAGGCUUUGAAUUGGCAUUGGCAAUGCCUUCCCCGCGAACUCUCAAAUCUCAUUUCCCAGUUCAACUCCUGCCAACUUCCUUCUGGGAACAAAAUUGCAAGAUCAUUUAUGUGGCCAGAAAUGCCAAGGACUGUGCUGUCUCCUACUUCUAUUUCAAUCGCAUGCUUAAAAUAAUUCAAGCUCUGGAAAAGUGGGAAGAUUUUCUGGAGAAUUUCAUUGCUGGAAAAGUUGGUUAUGGCUCAUGGUUUGACCAUGUUCGUGGUUGGUGGGAGGCUAAAGACCAUCAUCCAAUUUUGUACCUCUUUUAUGAAGAUAUAAAAGAGAACCCAGCUCGGGAAAUCCAAAAAGUGGCUGAGUUCCUAAAUAUAGAGCUUUCAGAAUCAGUCCUGGAUCAAAUUGUGCAGCACACCAUGUUUGAGAACAUGAAAGACAAUCCAAUGGCUAAUUACAGCAACAUGCCUUCACUUUUCAUGGACCAAACUGUGUCACCCUUUAUGAGAAAAGGCACCGUAGGGAACUGGAAGGAACACUUCACAGUAGCUCAAAGUGAACAGCUGGAUGAAAUCUGCAUUCAGCAACUAGGCAACAGUGGCUUGAAAUUCCGCACAGAAUUAUAAACAAGCUUCACAAUGCCUUCAAGCAAGACUUUUUCAUCCGCUGAUUUCUACUGGAGUUAAAGAAAUAACUGCAAAUUUGCAAGCAAUGGCAGAAGGUUCUUUUGUGACGGAUGGACUUGCCAUUUUAUAAGCCUUUCCCUUGGAAUGGAAUUGCCCUAAUAUCGAUUGAAACAGGCCUAGCCUCAUAAUCUUCUCUCUGGUGAUCAGAUAAAGUACAUUUAUUUGAAUAGCCUUUGCACUUUGUUCUUUUCCCAAAGAUCUCAGAGAGGCACACAUACAGUAUUUUACAUUUUACCCUUAACAUGAAUUCAGUUUGUGGCUUGUACAA